AUGAGGUAUCAAUCAAAUCCUCGAGAACCACAUCUCACUGUUGUAAAGAACAUCUUUCGUUAUCUCAAAGGAGCUGUUUCAUUAGGAUUGUGGUAUCCUUCGAAUAUUGGAUUCUUUAUUCAAGCAUAUUCAGAUGCAGAUUUGGGUGGUUGUACUUUGGAUAGAAAAAGCACAACUGGAGGAUGUCAGCUACUUGAUGGUAAAUUAGUGAGUUGGCAAUCGAAGAAGCAAACAUGUGUAUCCAUCUCAACGGUUGAAGCUGAAUAUCAUUUGAAGACCAAACACAUUGCUCUUCGUUAUCACUUCAUAAAAGAUCAUGUAGAGGAUGAGAAUAUUGAGGUUCAUUUUGUGAAAACAACUGAUCAGUUGACUAAUAUUUUCACAAAAGCAUUGGAUGAAAAAUCGUUUGUGCGGAUUUUGGAAGGAUUGGAAUGA